AUGGCCGGAGGUCUCGUCAAAUACCGGCACCUGAGCCGCAACUCGGCUCAUCGCCAAGCACUGCUACGCAACUUGGUCACAUCACUGGUCAAGCACGAGAGCAUAAGGACGACAUGGGCAAAGGCAAAGGAGACGCAGCGGCUGGCGGACAAGCUGAUCACACUGGCAAAGAGAAACAACGAGACAGCAAGGAGGAAAGCUCACGGUAUCCUCUUUACACCUGAUGAGCUCAUGCCCAAAUUGUUCCGAACCCUACGUGAACGAUAUGCUGAGCGCCCUGGCGGCUACACUCGCGUCCUACGCACCGAGCCCAAGUCGACAUACGACCAGGCUCCCACGGCGAUUCUCGAGUUUGUCGAUGGUCCCAAGGACAUGCGAUUUCACAUGACGGCUGCCACCUACGCCAGGAAUCAGGUUCUGGGACUCAAGUUUAACAAGAUCACCACGCUCAACCGCAAGAAGGCGACGCAGUUCCGCAAGGACGGCAAAGAGGAUUUUGAUAAGAUGGUCGCCCAGAUGAAAGGUCUCGGCUUCGGUCAGACUGCUGAGGAGAAGCGCUCUCGACAUGAGGCACGUAUGGAGUCGAUAAAGGAGAACGCAAAGAACGCCAAGGCUGCAAAGAGCAGGCCACAAGUUGAGACAGAGACGCCCUCGGCUGAGGAAGUUACGGUCCAAGGAAAGGGCGAGAAGAAGAAUGUCAAUGUAUUAAGGUAA